AUGGCCGCGCCCACGCAGAGCAGCCCGCUCCGCCGAUGGAAGCGUUUCUUCCGCGCCUUCGACUCUGUGGACGCCGCCAUCAAGCCCUCCGACCCUGACCACUCACGCGACGAGCUCCGGCGCGCCAGGGUCAACAUCGUGGAGCAGCUCUGCGACGCCGCCGACGACGAUCAGGCGGAGCGCCUCUGCAAGAUUCUCGACGACCACAUGGCGGAGUCCCUUGAGACGCUGCGGCUGGUUCCGGUGAUGCCAAGCGUGUUGGCCUCCACGGACCUCGGCAAGUCCGUCUGCGCGCUGCGCAGGCACGAGUCGGAGCGCGUCCGCGUCCUGGCCAGAGGUCUCGUGAGCGGGUGGAGGGCGUCGAUGAAGGACGAACUCGCCAAGGUCAGAGACGCUCUGCACAAGCUUGACAACAUCAACGUGCCGCAGAACAAGGAGGUCACCAUCGAUCAGCAGACCGUGGGAAUCAGCAAGAAGGCGUCCCCCGCCGGUGACCGUGCUGGGCUCUGCUCCGAGGAGAAGAUGGAAGCUGCGAAACGCAAGUUCCACCAAGCUUACCAAGAAGCAGAGGACGCCAAACGGCGGCGCAGGACGCAGUUGGUGCAGGCGCCCAAGAUGAUGCAGCCAAUCAGGAGGUGCACCAGCUCCAUGGUCAAGAAAACCUUCGCGAUCAAGACGCAGCUUCACAUGGCUUAG